AUGGGGAAACUUCCGCCCGUCGGCAUUCGGCUGGCGCUGCUAGUCGCCUUUGCUACUGCGGUGACUGCCCGAACGAUCGGUGGAGCUUUUCAGCCGACAACAGCAACAGGGCUCACUCCUACGGCUCCCUAUCUACCUUUCCUCGAGGAGAGCCCAGAACAGCCGGAUUUCGAGGCUUCAACGGAGACUGGAUUUGGCUCGAACCGACUGUUCGACGACGCCUACGCACCUCAGCUCGAUGCUUCCGAUGAAGACCUGCCCAUCCUUCGGCCACAGUUCCAUUCCGACGCCUACCAGCCGCAAAUGGACCUCUCGGAAGAAACAGCUCCCAACUCUUACAUGCCGAAACUGGACGACUCCCUGGAAGCCGCGCCUGCCGCCUAUGCUCCGAAAAUUGAGGACUCCUUCGAAGCGGUUCCCCAAGCACAGCCCAUCGUCUCCAACACAUUCCUGCCGACGAUACAGGAUUCCUUUGAAACGGGACCCACCAGCGAGCAACCAAUCCCGAUCUCAUCAACGGAGGAUGAUGAAGACAAUAUUGGCAGCCCCGCAUUCCCUGAGCCCCCGCCACUCCAACAAGAGCUCAUUUCCGGAUUCUCGCCAGCCGAGGAGAUGACCCUGCCGACGAAUUCUCCCUUCGGCGGAGCCCGUCAGACGAUUACGAUGCAAUCAGCCUUCGGUGAGCCGGAUCUGGACAGGCAGGAGCAACAGCCCAGAGAAAGUGGACGACGCUCGGAAGUGGCGCCGACAACAAUGACGGCCUUCGAAUCACACGAGACCAAGAACGAACUGAUGGAAGAUCCCUUCUUUGGCAAUGAAGAGAUGACGGGCCCAGUGGAAUACAUCGAAGAGGACAACACCGCUGGAACUACUGCGAUGGUCUCGAACUGGCAGACGCCGGUUGCCACCCAGCAACCGACUCUUUCCACACCGCCAACCCAGACUCAACCUAUUAUCCCGGUGCCAGGCAAGACCACAGCCUUGGCAGCAGCUGCCCCACAACCCACCACAAAAUGGUACCGAGGCCCAUGCUUAUGGCCAUUCCCCUGGACCGGCUAUCCGCAAACACCCGUCGAGCCACCGAGCGCCUCCGGGCAAGCCCAACCCAGUCAAUCCCCGGUGGCCCUGCCCUACCAGAGUGCCCCAGCCCAAUCAGCUCCGGUGCAGACUGCUUCAGCUUAUGCCCCGGCUCCGCCGUCGGCUUAUCCUCAAUCUCCACCAAGUUACCCGGCCGCUCCUGCUCCUCAGCCAAGCUACUACAAGCCAGCACCGGUCCAGCCUGCAUACCCAGCCUACACGGCCGCCCCGGUUCCUCCGGUUGUGGAAAACCAAUACUACGUUCCGGCGACUACGCCAGUUCCGGUUCAGCCAGGUUAUCCGGCAUACCCGGCUCCGACUAUUCCACCAUCAGCGCCAGCACAACCGGCCUACCCGAACUAUCCGGCUGCCCCGGUCCAGCCUCUUCCCGAGACCCCGUAUUAUGUUCCAUCCACAACCCCAGCACCGGUGCAGUCAAGUUACCCGGCAUACCCGGCACCGACUAUUCCACCAUCGGCCCCUGCUCAACCGACAUAUCCGAGUUACCCAGCCGCUCCGAUCCCGCCUGCUCCGGAAAACCAGUACUACGUCCCAUCGACGACGCCAGCUCCGAUUCAGCCAAGCUACCCGGCUUACCCGGCACCGACGAUCCCACCUUCAGCGCCUGCGCAACCGGUCUACCCGAGCUACCCGGCUGCUCCGGUCCCGCCUGUCCCGGAAAACCAGUACUACGUCCCAUCGACGACGUCAGCUCCGAUUCAGCCAAACUACCCGGCUUACCAGGCUCCGACGAUCCCACCUUCCGCGCCCGCUCAACCGGCCUACCCGAACUACCCCGCUGCCCCGGUGCAACCCCUGCCACCGACAACACCAGCUCCAGUUGAACCGAGUUACCCGGCUUACCCGAGUCCGACGAUCCCACCCUCGGCCCCUGCUCAACCGGCCUACCCGAACUACCCGGCUUCCCCGGUGGAACCCCUGCCACCGACAACACCAGCUCCAGUUCAACCAAGUUACCCAGCUGAACCGGCAUAUCCGGCCUACCCAGCUGCUCCGGCUGCUCCGGCACCGGAAACUCCCCUGACAUCCACCAUCCCGCCGGCAGCCCCUGCAGAGCCAGUGUACCCGAGCUAUCCGGAAAAUAAUUAUUACCAACAAACGACUGCUGCUCCGGUACAGCCAAUCGAGCAACCACAGGCCCCGGCAGCCCCGGAACCAUAUCGGCCCGUUGAGAUCGUGGAACAACCCGAGCCGUAUACCUCCUAUCCACUAGUUGUGGCUCCGCAGUACCCUCAAGAGCCGAUUCAACCCCAAGCCCCGGUCAUGCAGCCCUAUACGCCGAUUGAAUCAGCCGAAACGCUCCCGCCACAAGAGCCUCAGGUGGUGAUUCCGCAACCGGAAACGCCAUACGCUCCGGCGGCUCCUGAAGUUCAACCUCAGACGGCUACAUCGUAUCAACCCAUCAACCAGCCGGAGACUCCUGAUGAGGAGACCAAGGAGCAGGAGGUUGUGCAACCUGUGUCAAUCCCUCAACCCAGCGACUCCUACCAGCCGCUAGCUGACUCGGAUGAGUCGAUCGAAGCACCAGAAACCGAGUACAAGGGACCGGUCGAGAGUUAUCCGGAGCCUCAAGAAGCCACCACCGCACUACCAGCUCCUGUAGCCCAACCGGAAGCGCCGUAUCGCCCCCAUGAGACUCAGGAUGAUUCCAUCGAGAUCCCGCAGCAACAGCCCGAACUUCCUGAGCCCGUGGUUCCCCACCACGCCCCGGAGCCAGAAUCAACCAUCGCCCCAGCCACCGAAUCUCAGGGAGCCUACCAGCCGAUUGUCUCGCCAGAGGACUCUUCUGAAGAGGUUCCGGUAGAGUCAGGAACGCCCUACCAAGUCACGGCCGCCCCGAUGGACUCGUAUCAACCAGCCACCAGUCAAGAGGAAAAAUCGAUCGAAGCACCCUAUCCGACAGCGGCGCCGCAAUCUGAAGAUAUGCCCGUUGAACAAACGACUGUCGCCCCCUUGCCAAGCCAGGAAAUGACAGCCAGCAUCGAAGAGGGCCCAUAUGGUCCACCCAAAACUCAAGAAAGAUCGAUUGAGAUCCAGGAUGAUACCACAACGGAAGCCACGACGGCUAGCUACGGCCCAACUGAACCCGCUACCCAGCCCUCGACCACGAGCACCACCUCUGCUGGUCCCCCAGCUUAUCAACUCCCAGAAGGCCAGCAACCAACGAUGGAGCAGCUCGCUUCGGCGUAUGGCGUCUCUGCAGAUAAACCUGCUCGGCCAACCACCAUCGAAAACUUCUGCGCUAAUCUGACCACCGGACUCUACCGCCAUCCAAAUAAUUGCGCGGGAGUUGUUCGGUGCGCGGGCAGCCAGGCGACCAUCAUGUCCUCAUGCCCAAGCGGACUUGUCUUCGAUGAGGAGCAGCAGACCUGCAAUUACCCCAACAAAGACGACAAGGAGUGCGGUGGAAAUGCGGCAGCCGAUAGUCCGCAAGCAACUGGAUGCGAUGGAAUGGAGCACGGGGCGAGUGCGCCCGACGAGUACAACUGCCAGGUCUUCUGGCGAUGCGUAUGGGACCGUAAAGUGCAAAUGUUCUGCCCCCGCGGAACAUUCUACAACGAGCAUCUCUCCGUCUGCGAUUGGCCCGAUCAGGUUGCGGAGUGCUCAAAGGAUGGAACCCGAAAGGGCAGCAGUCAAUCAAGCAGC